GGCUGCAGCCCCAGGGGGAGGGGCGAGGGGCCCCGGGCGCAGCUCCUUCCCCUCCCCUCCCCCGCCGGGCGCAGGCAUGGCCGUGCUCAGCCCCGGACAGGGCAACGACACCGCAUCCUCCGAAGGGCCCUUCGGGACGAACGGCAACGCUACCGGCAACGCUACUGGCACCUCCGACGUGACCUUCAGCUACCAAGUGGUCACCUCUCUGCUGCUGGGCGCCCUCAUCUUCUGUGCGGUGCUGGGCAACGCGUUCGUCGUGGCGGCCAUUGCCCUGGAGCGCUCCCUGCAGAACGUGGCCAACUAUCUCAUCGGCUCGCUGGCCGUCACCGACCUCAUGGUGUCGGUGCUGGUGUUGCCCAUGGCCGCGCUCUACCAGGUGCUCAACAAGUGGACGCUGGGCCAGGUCACCUGCGACCUGUUCAUCGCCCUCGACGUGCUGUGCUGCACCUCGUCCAUCCUGCACCUGUGCGCCAUCGCGCUGGACCGGUACUGGGCCAUCACCGACCCCAUCGACUACGUGAACAAGCGCACGCCCCGGCGCGCCGCCGCGCUCAUCGCGCUCACCUGGCUCAUCGGCUUCCUCAUCUCCAUCCCGCCCAUGCUGGGCUGGCGCACCCCCGAAGACCGCUCGGACCCCGACAAGUGCACCAUCAGCAAGGACCACGGCUACACUAUCUACUCCACCUUCGGCGCCUUCUACCUCCCGCUGCUGCUCAUGCUGGUUCUCUACGGGCGCAUCUUCCGAGCCGCGCGCUUCCGCAUCCGCAAGACCGUCAGGAAGGCGGAGAGGGGCGCGGACUCCCGCCUCGGGGCGUCGCCCGCCCCGCGGCCCAAGAAGAGCGUCAACGGAGAGCCGGCGAGCAGAGCGUGGGGGCAGGGCGCGGAGCCUAAGGCCGGCGGGGUCCCGUGCGCCAACGGGGCGGUGAGGCUGGGCGAGGACAGCGCCGCCCUGGAGGUGAUCGAGGUGCACCGGAUGGGCAACUCCAAGGAGCACCUGCCGCUGCCCAGCGAGGCGGGUGCGGUGCCCUGUGCUCUCACUUCUUUCGAGAAGAAAAAUGAGCGCAACGCUGAGGCAAAGCGCAAAAUGGCUUUGGCCCGCGAGAGGAAGACGGUGAAGACGCUGGGCAUCAUUAUGGGCACCUUCAUCCUGUGCUGGCUGCCCUUCUUCAUCGUGGCCCUGGUCCUGCCCUUCUGCAAGAACAGCUGCCGCAUGCCCACCCUGUUGGGCGCCAUAAUCAACUGGCUGGGCUACUCCAACUCCCUGCUCAACCCGGUCAUCUACGCCUACUUCAACAAGGACUUCCAGAACGCCUUCAAGAAGAUCGUCAGGUGCAAGUUCUGCCGCGGAUGACGCCGGGGGAGCCGCCGCGAGUCGGCCCGCCCCCUGCUCCCCGCCUCGCGCCACCCCCUGGAAUCCACA